AUGGUGAAACAAGCAACAAAAGGGCAGAAAGAGAUCUAUGAGGAGAAUCAGAAGACUGUCACCACUUAUAGUGUGGCUAGCACGAUUAGCAUGGCAAUCUACUAUUCAUCGUGUAUGUUUCUGAGCCAGUGCUCUUCCACCGAUUAUGUAUUUUUUGCUGUCUCAGCGCUCGUGCAGAUCUUUGCUAUUCUUUUCAUGAAAUCUUUAGCUAAAGCAAAGCUUGACGAUAAAGGACAUGUUUUGGAUGCUGGUGCCGAUUUGAACGAUCCAGAAGCAUUCGGAGAAUACUGUAAAGACGCCAUUAUUCUGACAGUCAUUAUUCAAAUCAUCUCACUCUAUUCUACAUACGGAUUCCUUUUGCUCCUCGCCUUUCCUGGAGCAGCCACAUACAAAUUUGUUGCUGGAUUCCUUCUACCAUGGUUGACCGCUGGAUCAGACUCAGAUGAAAUGGAUGACAAGAAACAGAAGAAAUUGGACAGAAGAAGAGAAAAAGUCGUGUACAGACGUUAAAUUAUAACUUCUAGAAAACAAUGUUCCCUAAGUCACUUCAAAUUUUAAAUUAUAAUCGUAUUUAUUUAUUGCAUACUUGUAAUGUUUAUCUAUUCAAAUAUUUUUUUUUAAUACACAUUUUUUCCAA